AUCGUAUUUCCACAUUUUCGGAUCUGACUUGUUCGGGAAUGGUGGCCUGAUUUAGAACUUGGCACAAACAAAGGUAACAUUUCGACCCCAUCACGAAACACACCAUCAACAAGUCAGAUAACCAGUUUUUUCGAUCAAGAUGGCUGACGAUGCGGGCCACAAAGCCAUGUUGUACUACUUGGAAAUCCUGAUGAACUCACCUGCUCCUCUUACAAUCAGUCAACUGGCAGGUCAUUUCGGAAGUCGUAGCUUCACAGCCGAAAUGAGACAGUCAGCAGGAGGGAAUGAAACUGGCCUGAAGAAGUUUCUUCUCAAGUACCCGUCUUUGUUUAAGGUUAAUGGAAACCUUGUCAGCCUCAAUGAUGGAACAGCCAGCUUGGGAACUUCAGUCCGGGAAAGUAGCCCAGCGUCCCCAUCCUCAAGUCUUCCAGACGUCUCUGUGGAAACGGAGGCUGUGAAUUAUUUUCGCAACAGAAUGGUAAAGAAGAAAGAGAAGUGGGUUCACAUAAAAAGUCUUGCUGGUCAUCUAUCACAGGCCUCUGCGGAAAUACGUGAAUGCGUUGGACCUCAGAAUGAGUUCGAAAGUUGGCUGAUGAAGCAUCCUUUGAUUUUUGUUAUUGAAGGAGAAUUGGUUGGCCUGAAGGACAACUAUUUACAACUUCUCUCUGGGGCUUCGGGCACAGAAAGUUUUGAUAUCAGAAUUCCAAACGAUGCUGACAGUAGGUACCCCUCUUCUACUGAUGCCAGAUUCACAGGGGCAUCAAUGGCUAGUCCUAGAACUCCAGUCAAUAGAAGGAAGCGUCCCACCUCAUUACAUAUGGAUCAUCCAAACUCUGGUGCUGCAGCUAUGGUUCAACGACCAGUGUCAUUAGGUACCCCUUCUUCUAAAGCUGGGCCAGUGACAAUGACUGCCAACGAAUACAAGGCGGUCAUGUUUCUGAAGAACACCAUUGAGAAGAAGGUUGAUAUCACAAUGACACAGCUUACAGGACAUUUCAGUCAGGCUCCGGAGAGCCUGAGAAAUACGGUGGGGUGGAGCAAGACUGACCUUGAGGCAUUCAUCCAACAACAUGCCAACAUUUUUAUUUUGUUAGAAGGCGGGAAGGUCACCCUAAAAAAGAAUGCUAGGCUCAAUGUGAUAAUCACAGGCAGCCGUCCGCAAACUGUUCAACAACCCAGCAUUAGCAACCGGAAAGGUCGAAUUUUUCAUGUUGCUAAGCUCUGGGCCAUCAUUGACCUUGGGCGCCAUGAACACGUAUUCAUUGAUCGCCAGAUAUUUGGCAAGUCAGUUGAGGACUUGGGUCAUAUUUUGUCGCCAGGAGAAAUGGUGUGCUUUGAUGCUGUUGCGGCUCCAAAAGGAAGUAGAGCAAAAUGGAGGGCUUCAAAGGUGUGGAAGGAAAAUGAGUCCAUUGAGGAGAUGAUUGAAAGAGUUUCUGCAAAGCUUGAUCUUAACUUGGAUAAGUCUCCAAGAGAUCCAAUCACUCCUCUAGGGAACAUUGAGGAUGAGAUGAAGAAGAUUUUACCAGACUUUCACCUUUCGAACUCCUCGAUGCUCCAGUCACCUACCGUGAAUAUUGGUGGGGUUAAGUACGCCUUCAAUGACGCAGCUCCAAGUGGAGCUGGGGUAAUACCAGUGUGGAAUUUCAAACAUGUGGAGCUGGAAGGGCUUAAAGAUGUGGAAGAUCUUGAUCUGGAUGACUCGCUAGACUCUGAUUCCCCAAAUGUUUCGAUGGUUGCAGAGAGGUACUUCAUGAAUCGAUCAGUUUUAAGUGAUAGUCCCAGAGAGACGCCACGCGAGAAGAAAGGGGAGACUACUUCUGCAAAUAGUAGUGACUCAAGCCUGUUGAACGGAGAUGCUGUAAAGCAGGAAUCAAUGCGAACAUCAACCCCUACAAGUGAUACAACUGAAGAAAACUCGAAGACGGAACGCAAGAAGUCCUCCUGCACGAUUGGCUGUCAAACCAUUGUCACAGGGGAAAUUCUAGCUACCCAGCUGUUCCAUGAAGAUCUGUAAAGCAUGUUGGAAUGACUAUGCUUUUAAUUUAGACACAAUUUCUGUACCAUUUUUAGGUACAUUUUAUGAUCUUAAUUGUUUCUGUAGUAUCCAUACCAUUUAUGGAAAGCAUGGUGCUUACCUAUCUCAAGAAGGGCUAUGCUUUAGUUUUGGCAUUUAGAUGUUAAACUGUAUUAUUGAUGCAAUCACUAAGUGGACAUAUUUUUAAAAACCUUGUUGAAUGGAUUACUUCCAUUUGUUAUAAAUUUUAAAAAUUGCAAUAAACUGACACGCAAGGCUCUGGUUUAAUAUUGGUAUUGUUGAUAUUUUUUAGACAUCUAUUAAAAUGUAUGUUGACAUUCUAGUUGUCCAUAAACGUUCAAGGUUUCUGGUAUUAAAAAAAUAGCAAAAUAUUGUGUAAUCCCAUUGCUCCUGGAUGAUGGACUACAGUCUACUUAAAUUGGAAUAUCACUUGUUUGCUUCCUUGAACGAGUAAUUCUUGGACUUUCAGGAUCCAGACUGUGAUUUUAAUUGUAUGUCAAAAGAAAUAAUACAUACAGUAUCUAAUUUAUAUCAGUUGUUUUCUUCAGGUUGGUAAUUUACACAGAAAUGUUCCAUGAACUUGGUAGAUUUGUGUCAGAUUUUGAGUGCGUGAAUUUUACAUUGUACAAAUGACUUGACCAAAAUUGUAAUGUUUCUUUUUUAAACCUUGCCUUCUACUUUAACAAACAAUCAUGUUUUGUGGUUUAAUUAUUAAUCAAGGAACUCUGAUGAAAAGAAAGGUGUAACCCCUUCUGAUGAUAAAGCUACAUUUUGCAUUUGUCAUUCAAUUUCCAUUAUACUAAACCUGUCUUCAGGUGUCCAGGAUUUUUGUUCACUCAGUCUAGUUGACUGAUUAAAAAAAAAAUAUGUAUUAAUUAUCCAGAGUUAAAAACUAAUUUGAACUACUUCAUCAAAGCUGAGUUUUUAGGCUGAAGACUUUCUGUUAUUGGAAUAAAAGGCCGCAAGGGCAGAAAUUUCCUCAUCUUUGAUUUUCCAUGAAAAGAAAAACUAAGGUUAAGCAGUGAUACACUGUUACCUUUUUGUAUCAUUAUAAUAUUUUGGUCGAUGUAACGGGAAACCAGUGCUGGUAACCCAGUACUUCCUCAAACAUGGAGUUACAAUAACUAUUCACUCUGUCUUUAGCACAACAAUAAAAUGGUUUGUUUUAGCAUAUAGUUUAUUCAAACAUGAAUGGGAGACUCGAGCUACACAGAAGGCUCAAAUGAGAGUAGAACACAUCGUUUUCCUCUGUGACGUUGCAGUAAGUGUGUACUUCAUAUAUGUUUUAUGAGCACACAUACACUGAUAUUUGUGACCUAAUAAAGGAAAGAACAAAUGACUUCACAACUUUGGAUCAUCUUGAUACAGGUGGGAAGAAGUUUUACCCAUUCCCCAUUCAAACCAAAUGUGGUUCAGCAUUUUCUGGGUACUAGCUGCAUCAAUUUUAAUUUCAGAAAGCUGGCCUACUUUCUAAGGUAGUAUCUUUUUACAUUUCUUUCUUUUACUUGAGAUAUGAUGGUAUGAAAAUAGAGAGGAUAAAAAAAAACCCCAGCAAGAUGCACUUUUUUAUGGAUAAAUAAAAUCCAUUGUUGCUGAAUUCUUGCAAAAUAUACAUUUGUCAAAAAUGUUAAACAGAAAAAUGUCCCCCAAAAGGCUUAUUACUACCAUUUCAUGUGGGAUGAUGAUCCUAUUGAGUUGGACUUUUAGGGCUUGGCCUGUAUUUGCACUGCCAAGGAUGGACAGAAAUAUCACUGUCUUUUGUCGGUGUUUAAAGCUGCUUUACCAAGGUACAUGUAUUAUGCCCAUUUCUGCUGACACUUGCUGUGAGGAAAUUGUUGUGGCAAACCUGUUUUUGUUAGGUGGUACCUUAAAGCAUAAAUACAAAAGCAAAGUAGUCAGACCUUCCCCUUUGGAAGUACCUUGACUAAAUAGUUUAUGACCAACUUGACAGUAAUGUGAUGUUUGUUGGAUCCAAGUGGUCAUGUAAGAAUGUUAUGCAUGUGUAUUAUCGUAAUAAAACAGUAUGCAUUGAUGUGUGUAUGCAUAUAUGUAUAUAUAACUCUGUGUGUGUAUACCGUGCAUAUUUUAUCAGAUAAUUUGAUAUUAAAUUUUCAAAAGCAUUUAGCAGUAUAGUGUUUUCAUACUAGCCAAUAUGUCUAUUUCUUUGUCAAACAGUGUGACUUUCACAAGUACAUGUUUCUUUGAUAUAGAUGGAUAAUACCUACAGAUAACGUUGAAGUAUGAUAACCUGGACUGUAUUUUAUGUCAGUGUGGUUGACAUGCAUCUUAGGUAAACAGGAAAUGUUUACAUUUUUAGCAGAAACAUUUUUGAAGUAUGUUAUAAGUUGACUCAUUUCUUUAUUUAUUUUUCUUUUAUUACCUUAACUUGUAAUUAUCAUAAGGGCUCUUGUCCUUGUGUAAUAUUACUCACUUGUAUUGUUUGAUACCAGGUGUAUGCUUUUUUAUCAAUUAUCUUUUUUCAAUCUGUAAUAAUCCUUUUGUCUUCCAGGUUGAUUCGUGUUGAUUAAUAUUUUUAAGUUCUAAAAGAGAACUCUUGUGAAUGAAACUCAUCUUGCCCUUCUCUUUGUUUGGCAACAUUAUCAGGUUUAUGGUCUUUUUUUUUUUUUUAUCUUCCAUUUAGUUUAAUGUCUUAUUUGGUCAGUGCUCAUCUGAUUCAUUUCUCUGCUCUUCAUAUUAAGACAGAUGCCUCUUAGUGGUAAAAUCCUGUUUAGAAGUUCAUGGUAGCUUAGAUAAUGAAGAAGUUAAUAAAUUCUAGAGGAUUCUUGAAAUUUAAAAUAUGAGAAGUGACUUUCGAUUUUUUUGGGGGGGGGGGGACUUAACUGUGAUACAGAUAUAUCUAGAUUGUCAAGUGGAUUGUUUUUCAGCAGCACGUGUUUCUCUCAUUGAUUUGUUAUACGCACAUGUACAAAAUGAGCGGUCUUUGCUCAUUGUAUUUGCUGAUGAAUGAACAUUUGUUUUGUGAAGAGAUAGGUAGCCAUGACUAAGCGUUCUAAAGCAAAAGCAUUGCAACAAAUAGUAAAUGGCUUUUUACCCAAAAAUAAGCUGUUAAUUUUUUAAAUAAUAACCUGUUAGAAGUUUUGUUGUGAGCUAUCUGGACCUAUUUUUAAUGAUGUUAUCUAAGCAUGUUUCAAUUUAGUGAGAAUUUUAGUGUAAUUGGCGGGUUAUUCUUCUCUCAAUUUUAAGUGGAGUUCAUUGCUUUCAUUUUUAUUUAUCUCUUACAUGUAUAUUUUCAUAUUUUAUGGCAUAAAUCUUUCUUCAGUGGUUUGUAGCCACAAUGUUUUAAUGAAGCAUUGUAAUUGUUAUACACCCGGUUGCCUUAUUGAGAGCAUGCGCAAUUUGUGUGAAUGAAUGUCAUCAGCUUUGUAGUAUAUCUUUGUGUGUUUUAAUCUUAAAUUGCAUGUAUAGUUUACUAGCCUGUAUAAAUAAUUUAAAUUAUUGCGUCAAUUUAUACCUAUAUAUUUUUAUGUACAGAAGCAUGACAUAAUGCACACAAUAAAUAAUUUGCCAA